CUCAUUAUCACACCCAACCCCAAUCCUCAAAUCCAUCACCACCAAGAUAUAUCAAAAUGCCCCUCUGGCAAAUCUACCACCCACCAACCACCUUCUCCACCCCCGAAUCCAAGCAAUCCUUCGCAAAAGACAUCACCAAAUUCUACACCGACCUCGGCCUCCCCGCCUUCUACGUGGUAGUCAACUUCAUUCAGACACAUCCUGGCAAUGUCUUCGUCGGAGGCACCACCAAACACCCCACCGACGACAAACCCUUCGUCCGGAUAGUCAUCACGCAUAUUGCGCUGCAUGUGCCGGAUUCUGAUGCUGCUUAUUUAAGUACGACGACCCGGUUGGAUCAGGCUAUGAAGCCACAUCUUCUGGAUAAAGGGUACGAUUUUGAGUAUGAUGUGGAUGAGACGGAUAGACGGCUUUGGAAGAUUAAUGGGUUGGUGCCGCCACCGUUUAAGAGUGAGGAGGAGAGGGUGUGGGUUAGGGAGAAUAGGGCUGUUGAGUAUUAGGGGGGUUACUCCUUCUAUAUGAUCGACUUCUAUGAUUCAAAGGAGGUAUGCUGAGUUG